CGAGAAUUGAGAGGAGGGAGAUCCAAGCUUUGGGGUCUAUAGCAGAGCGGGACCGGUUCGCAUUGAGUGAGGGGCUGAGUAUUUGUGUUGCCUUCCCUAUUGAAACAAAAUUAUCAUGGAGGACAUGGAUGAAAAUACCACUGUCUUUUCUACUCUGCGUUCCUUCAACAGCUUUCUGUCUCAGAGAUCUGAAGGGACGUCACCCAGUCUUGGUGCUUCCAAUACUACUCAAGGUUCUUUACAGAUGCAGUUCCAGCAACGCGUUUUGUUGGAAGACCAAGCUGAGCAAAUUCGUUCCAAGUCGCACCUUAUUCAGGUCGAGCGUGAAAAGAUGCAGAUGGAGUUAAGCCACAAACGGGCUCGUAUUGAACUGGAGAAAGCAGCGAACACAAAUGCCAAGAAUUAUGAGCGUGAAGCAGACCGGAAUCAUGACCUGCUGGCUCGUAUUAAGGGUCUUCAGGACAAGGAGUCAGAUUUCCAGAGCAAAUUACAAGAACAGAUAGAAAUGAACAAAUCAUACAAGAAAAGCAUCGAAACCCAAAGCAAGAAGCUUCUAGAGAAGGAGACCAAGCUAUCUGAGGCUAAUGAGGCCAUAAGCGUGCUAAAGGGAAAAGUGUCCGAACUUCAAUGGAAAAUAAUGAAUCAGGAGAUGCAAAUGAAAACUCAAGAGACCGAAAAGCAGGAGCUGACGGAACAGCUGGAUGUCCUCCACAAAAAACUACAGGAUGGUAAUCAGCAGACACAGACCCUAGAUGAGCUUCAGACACUCAACACAGAGUAUGAACAGAAGGUUAAGAAUCUAGAACAGACGUUAUCCGCUCAGGAACAGGAUGCAGAAAUUGUAAAAAACAUGAAGUCGGAUUUGGCUAAAUUACCAAAAAUGGAAAGAGAACUGCAGCAGCUUAGAGAAGAGAACAACUAUCACAGGGAAAUGAAAGAAAAUAAUGCUCUGCUGAAGGAAGAAGUAGCGGGUCUGAGAAGAGCUGCUGAACGCUAUGAUAAGAUGAAAGAGGAUCUGGUGGGACUGGAACUGGAAAAAGAGACACUUAUGAAGAAACUGAAAAACUGGGAGAACCUGGAGCAAGUUACUGGUCUAAACAUACGAACUCCUGAUGAUCUCUCCAAGCAAAUAAAUGCUAUACAACAACGUGAGAUUAAACUUAAAGAGGAGAACCUGAGUAUUUCUAACAGUGCCCGCAUGAUAGAGAACGCUCGGCACAAGUUGCAGGAGGAACUUCUGAAGGUCCAGAAUAAUUACCUAGAAGAAAAAAAGAACAGAGAACAACAGGAAGCCUUGGUGAGACGCCUUCAGAAGCGGGUCCUGCUACUCAGCAAGGAACGUGAUGGAAUGAGAGCGAUUCUGGAGUCUUAUGACAGUGAACUGACCCCGUCAGAAUAUAGCCCUCAGCUGAGUCACCGCUUACGAGAAGCAGAAGAGAUGCUAAAGAAAGCUCACAGUUGCAAUACAGAGAUGGAGACACAAAUAUCCCAUGCGUUGGAAGAGGCAGGAUCACAGAAACAGAGAGCAGAGAUGUUAGCAGGAGAACUAAAAAUUGUGAAGUCUCAGAUGGGAACGUCAGACCAGAGUGUAUCCAUUACUAACGAGGCUGUAAAAUCGCUCAGGUUAAAGAUUGAGGAACUUGAAGGAGAACGUGGCCGACUAGAAGAGGAAAACAAAAUCCUUGAGAUGAAGCUGGAAAGGCUCUGUCUUCAGGGUACUUACGAUCCAAGCAAAACCAAAGUUAUUCACAUGAGCAUGAAUCCUGUAUUUGAGGCCAAGCGGAACCGUAAGGAAGAGGUUCAGCAGCUGAAGGAAGAAUGCGAUAAACUACGAGAGCUUGUGAAGAUACUGGAGGCAGGAGCCCCUCUUCCUGGUAAACUAGAAGCUGCUGUGAGCCUACCUUCUUCACUAGAAAUUACAGAGCUGAAGAAACAGGUAGAAAGUGCAGAACUGAAAAACCAGCGCCUUCGAGAAGUCUUCCAGACAAAAAUCCAUGAGUUUCGUACGGCUUGUUACAUGCUAACUGGAUAUCGCAUUGAUAUAACUACAGAGAACCAGUACCGCCUUACCUCUAUGUAUGCAGAGCACAAGGACGACAGCCUGCUCUUCAAGACCUCCAGCUCCUCCGGUGGGAAGAUGCAACUGCUGGAGACGGAAUUCUCACUGACCCUGCGUGACUUAAUUGAUCUACACCUUCAUCACCAGCACAGCAUCCCAGCAUUCCUUAGUGCCGUCACCCUUGACCUCUUCAGUCGCCAGACAUUUGCCUAGGGGUUACCUGCUCAAAUCAUCUGUGCCUUGCCAUCUUCUUAAAGGGAUAACAACCUGUAGAACUACAGUUAGUUCUAAUGAAGAAUAUGUUUGGAAAAUGAAUUUACGGAUUUGCUUUGAAUAAAUUAGGAUUAAAUCUUAUUCCAGUUGUAAACAUAGCAAUGCUGAUUAGAGGAUUUUAAUCUUAAUUUAUUUUGCACCAGAUCUUGUGUGAAUUUUGCUGAAUUAUGCCUGGUGUAGUAAACAGAAGACCUUUAUAUUCAAAGUAAAAUAAUGUGAUUUAACUGGAGAACACACACAGCCAAAUGUAACUGCUAUCAAAACUUUUUCUUAAAAUAUUAUACAAAAUAUUAUUAUUUUUCUUGAAAGAACUAUAAUAAUUUUGUGUCCCUUAAAGAUGGCAUUUCCAAAACCUCAGGUUAUAGUAAAGUUACAACGUUUUGUAGUAUAUAGUGCGAUUGUGAUUACCACUUAAAAAAAAUAAAAUUGUUAAGGUUGGGAUAUUAAGAAAAGUUACUUUUUUAUGUGCAGAGAAAUGUAAAUGUCGAACAUACUGUUGUCAACCUACCAAAUAUGUUAAAAAAAAAUAUUUACUACAAAUAAAAUGAAUUUCUGGUGUGCAAGUAAUACAUUUUAAUUAAAGAAUUUUCCGUAUAAA